CUACCAUUUUGAAACAUACCCCCAUUCAAUCAAACAACUCCCUCCCAGCUAUAAACAUGAGAUACAACCAAUCCCUCUUGGCCAUAUCUGGCAUUAUUGCCUCAGCUGCGUCCACAACCACCUCGUUUCCUGCCAAUUUCACCCUAAUCUCCACCCUUGACAACUCGGUACUGACCACCGAUGGUUGGGGUAUCUACGACGGCACCACAGAAACUAUAUUAACGCUAUCUCCUUACAGAGACGGCACCAUCGGCUACGGGCCCUACGGUCAGGCACUGGCCGUGCUCGCCGAUGAGACCUCGGUUGCUUGGAUCAUCCAACCCCAGGCAGAGCCCGAGGCUGUCGACACGUUGACAGGUUGGGGAGUCUCGGAUGAUGGGUUCUUCAUGCUGAACGGAGAGCAGCUGUGGGCGUUUAAUGAGAGCGCCGCGGAGCCAAGAAGGCUGUAUUGGGCCGGUGAGGGAAUUGAGCAGGGGCUGGUCAGUACGAAGCUAUUUGUGCAAAGUGCGGUAUGAAACUGAGACAGGACUUGGGGCCUUAUACAUAUCUAUUAGGCUUUCUUGAUAGUAGUAGGCCCCUCCCGACCAAGGGUACCAGGACUAUAAGUAAUAAUUGUUAUACUAGCUGUUAAGAUGUUGAACAAAGGCU